AAAUUCGGUGAAAGGAAAACACUAUAUGUGGCGGAUAACUAACACUGCACAUGAUGUUGAACACACCAUUCCAUCUGUGAAACAUGGUGGUGGCAGCAUUAUGCUGUGGGAUUUUUUUUUAAAGAGCAUGAACAGGAAGCCUGGUCAGAGUUGAAGUGAAGAUGGAUGGAGCUAAACGCAGAGCAAUCAGUUUAAUGUCUGAGUCAAAUUCACAAAUUCGCCUGAAUUCAUACACAGAUCAGAAGCCAUAUAAGUAUGUCACUUAAAUGCCUUGCUGAAGGGCACAUCAAUUCAAGUGAAGAGGCCGGAAAUGAAACCACAUCUCUCCUACUGCAAAACAGCUAGUCUUCCUGUUGAGUCUCAGUCUACAAUGGAAUGGUUUCCAUCAAAGCAUAGUCAUGUGUUAGAAUGGCCCAGUCAAAGUCUGGAGUUUGUGACGUGACACAAUGAGAAAAUGUUUAAGGGGUCCAAAUACUUCAGAAAGGCUCUCCCAAACCAAAUUUCUGAUUUACAUUGAGUACACAGUUUUUCUGAGGUUCCAGGUUCUUCUGGUGAAUUUUAUUGUUUAGCCCCUGUAAUCCAUCUGGACCACCUUAAAUAUUACUGGUCUUAUACUCACAGCUGGUGUGUCUGCAGGUGGUAACACACCUGCACUUUAUUAGACCAUACCAAAAUAAAACUGGUCAAACCAAACAACACAAUCUAAGCAAAGAAAUAUGGAUAAGAUUAUUAAUCUAAUUUACGAGCUAAUCCACCUAACUAAAUUAUCUGAAAAAUAAAACAUUUAAUACAGGGCAACUCAAAAGGUUGCUUUAAAGAAGAGAGAGAAAAAAAAAUACAAAAAAAUUCCCUCCAUUUGGUAAAACCCAAUCAGUGACGUCAUAAACCAAUUUAAGCAGGAAAUGCAGGGCUGGCCCCUCCUAUACGCCUUCUCAGGCUGUAGCAUCUAAGAACAAGCAAUGGAUGGGACAGGCGGUGUUUGACCCAUGUACAUCAGAGACACUCAAGACUCUGGUUUCAGUCAGUGAUGUCAUGUGGGUGUAGCUGUCUCCUUGCCAAAACGACGGAGGCUGGUCCGACGUGUGCCAGACAGGAAACGGGACAGAUUUGACAACAGAUGCAGUAUACAGCCCUCAUCAGAUGUUCGGAGAAGAGGACAGAGGGAUCUCACGGGCCACAUUUCGCCUGUAGCAUUAUGUAAAUAAGGUGCAGGAGCAUGUGCCAGUUAAACCGCAGUGCCGUGCGGAGUGAGGGAUGAAGCACAGACGCUGCACGGCAGGAGCCGGGGCCGUCGGUAGAUGGCGGUAACCCAAGAAACCUGAUCCACCGGGCUCCCGUGCACUCCGUCUCAGUUUGCAGCACUCGCAUUUGAAGACAAGAGAAGCCGAACAGUUUGAAGGACACCGAGAAGAAUCAGCAGAGCCCACGGCGGGUCCUCUCUCGCGAGCACGCGGCGGAGCGCUCUGUCCAAGAGAACAGCGGGCAAACUCGGAGCACCAUGGAAGACAAAUCCAAUUCGUUCUCCAGCAACAAGGAGGAGAAGGCGGAUGGGAACAAUGUUUUUCAGAGGCAAGACUCGAUACAGAAAAAUAACACGGGGAGCCAGAACACGAAGGACCAUGGCAACUCCGUGGGAUUCAAGGGGGAGCGGGAAGAGGCCAUGGUCGGCUUUGACGACCUGGACGGGGCGUCCAGGCAGCAUGGUUUUAUGCAGAGGCAAUUCGGGGCGAUGAUGCAGCCCGGAGUCAAUAAGUUCUCCUUGCGAAUGUUCGGCAGUCAGAAAGCCGUGGAGAAAGAGCAAGAGAGGGUCCAGACGGCCGGAUACUGGAUCAUUCACCCGUAUAGCGAUUUUAGGUUCUACUGGGACUUGAUAAUGCUCAUCAUGAUGAUGGGGAAUCUAAUCAUCAUUCCUGUGGGAAUAACCUUCUUCUCAGAGCAGACCACCACCACCUGGCUGGUCUUCAACGUGGCUUCGGAUACCAUCUUCUUGGUGGACCUGGUCAUGAACUUCAGGACGGGGAUCGUCAAUGAGGAGAGCUCUGAGAUCAUCCUCGACCCCAAGGUCAUCAAGAUGAAUUACCUGAAGAGCUGGUUCGUGGUGGACUUCCUCUCCUCCAUUCCGGUGGAUUAUAUCUUUUUAAUAGUGGAGAAAGGCUUUGACUCGGAGGUGUAUAAAACUGCACGUGCUCUGCGUAUCGUCCGCUUCACCAAGAUCCUCAGUCUCCUGCGUCUGUUGAGAUUGUCCCGGCUCAUCAGAUAUAUACAUCAGUGGGAGGAGAUUUUCCAUAUGACCUAUGAUCUGGCUAGUGCAGUGGUAAGAAUAUUUAAUUUGAUAGGGAUGAUGCUGCUUCUGUGUCACUGGGAUGGCUGUCUCCAGUAUCUGGUGCCUCUCCUCCAAGACUUUCCCCCUGACUGCUGGGUGUCCCUAAAUGGUAUGGUUAAUGUGUCCUGGGGUAAGCAGUACUCCUAUGCCCUCUUCAAAGCCAUGAGCCACAUGCUGUGCAUUGGGUAUGGCGCCCGGGCGCCCGUCAGCAUGUCUGACCUGUGGAUCACCAUGCUGAGCAUGAUCGUGGGCGCCACGUGCUACGCUAUGUUUGUGGGCCAUGCUACAGCUCUAAUCCAGUCACUGGAUUCCUCACGCAGGCAGUACCAGGAGAAGUAUAAGCAAGUGGAGCAAUACAUGUCUUUCCACAAGCUUCCAGCAGACAUGAGGCAGAAAAUCCAUGACUACUAUGAGCACCGCUACCAAGGCAAGAUUUUUGAUGAGGACAACAUCCUGAGUGAACUCAACGACCCACUCAAAGAGGAAAUUGUCAACUUCAAUUGUCGUAAGCUUGUGGCCACCAUGCCUCUGUUCGCCAAUGCCGACCCCAACUUUGUGACGGGGAUGCUGAGCAAGCUGAAGUUUGAAGUUUUUCAACCUAAUGACUAUAUCAUCAGGGAAGGCACGGUUGGGAAGAAGAUGUAUUUUAUUCAGCAUGGCGUCGUGAGUGUCAUCACCAAGUUCAACAAGGAAAUGAAACUAACUGAUGGAUCCUACUUUGGAGAGAUCUGUCUGCUCACCAAGGGCAGACGGACGGCGAGCGUACGUGCAGACACCUACUGUCGACUCUUUUCCCUCUCUGUUGACCAUUUCAAUGAGGUGCUAGAAGAGUACCCCAUGAUGCGACGUGCUUUUGAAACUGUAGCCAUCGACCGCUUGGACCGCAUUGGGAAGAAGAACUCACUGCUGCUGCAGAAGUUCCAGAAGGAUCUGAACGCCGGCGUGUUCAACACACAGGAGAACGAGAUAUUGAAGCAGAUUAUCCGUCAGGACAGAGAGAUGGUGAUGAUGGUGGACCGCAAGCAGUCAGUUACCGGGAUGAACUCGACUCCAAUGUCGGGAAACUCCAUUAUUAACUCACCAGCCCAGCCGCCAUAUUCCACUGCCUUUGGCGCCGCUCAGUUACAGCAGUCCUCUGUACCCAUGACCUAUAGUGCUUCAGCUAUUGCCAAUGCCUCUGUUGCUCGCAUUCUGCCAGUCGCUGCCGCUGCCGCCGCAGCGGCGCAGGGGGGAUUCCCUGCAUCCAGUCUUUCCCAGGUUAACCUGAAUUCCUCUUCACAGACAGCACUGCAGCAGGGAGCGAUCAUGUCACCCUGCUCUUUCACAGCGGCCAUGUGCAGCCCACCCGUUCAGACCCCGUUGGCUAGUCGAAGCUUCCAGUAUGGCUCACCAACAGCUUCCCAGCUGUCGCUUAUCCAGCAGCCCAUUGGUCCACCUUCUCUACCCAUACAACAGCAGCAGCUUGGUCAACAGCCGGCUGCUUCGACUGCCGCUGCAGCACAGCAGCAGGUCCCUUCACCUCAGCGGGGAGACAUCCACAAGAGCACGCAGGCUCUCCAGUCUGGCAGCUUGAGUCGAGACGUCCGACACCUGUCGGCCUCCCAACCAUCACUGCCACAUGACACAUCUCUGGGGCCCAGAGCUCAUCCGGCUUCUGGGGAGUCUUUGGCCUCCAUGGUGCCACCGACAGCAGCAGCCAUCCAGGGUAUAAGUCUACAAGGUGGCAUUCGCACUACAGUGCCCCAGCGGGUCAAUCUGUUCCGGCAGAUGUCGUCGGGAGCUUUGCCCCCAGUGCGUUCAGCCGCUUCGGCAGCGGCUGCGGUGGCAGCAGCAUCGUCAACCUUGACCCAGCACAGGGAAUCCCCUGGAUCUAGAAGAGAUUCUGUCCUCAGCAGUACAGAGACUGAGCAAGACAAAAUGCGUUUUGCAUCAAAUUUAUGAUUCCAUACAUCUUUCCCUUACUUUCUCUUUUUUUUGUGUGUGUGUUUCAAUUCAUCUUCAGGAUGGGUAUAGAACAAAAGAGGCAAAAACGAGGAAUUUCUGAAUUUAUUUGUUACUCUCCAACUUUCUUCUAAAGUAACCUCAUACAAAUCUUAUAUGUAUAUAAGCCCUUGUAUAAUAUUUUAGACAUUUUUGUCUCCCUAAACUUAAGAAUGUAUAUUAUACAGAUACACGUGAAUGGAUGUUUGAGAGUGUGGAUGUGUGAAGGUGCAAGUGGGUAAAAUCUAACUACAAUAUUGGCAAAGGCAAUUUAAAGCUGUAGUAUAAAAAUGAGUCUUCCUUUCUAAGAAAUAUAUGAAAUGAUAUAUCAUGUAUGACUUUUGGAAAUUAUUUUUAUUUGUUAUGUUUCUGUCUUUUGUUUCCUUUUCUAACUGGAAUGCAAUAUGGAUUUUGUUCUUAACCUGACGAAGAGGAAAAAUGUUUUCUCCUGUUAAGCAGCUUUAGGCAUCACUGUGCAAUUAUUAAUGCAAUUAUCUCUGACAAAGAAAUUCUACAGUAAAAGCAUAUACUUACGAUAACAAAAAAAUCUUCUAACAAUUUACUGAGUCCUUGCUUGAGUGAUCAGAAUAAAUACUGUAACAGUGUAUUAAGUUGCUCCCAGAGAGGAGAAUACAGUCUUCUGAGCCGUUACGUCCCCAAGGCAGGCUCACAUUCAAACCAUGACAGUGUUAUGGGUCCAAAGGGAAUAGGUAAUAGAAAUGCUGCUUUCCUUCUUUAUUUCUUUGGUGAAACAAGAGCGUGGAGAUGGAUAUGGAUGGAUGAUCGUGUUUUUUUUUUUUGUUUGUUUGUUUUGUUUCGUUUUUGUUUUUUUCUAUUUUUGAUUUCAGAUGGUUGAGAUCUUACAUAAUGUCGCUUAAAAAAAAUUCUGUGUAUAUUUAUAAUAUUUAUAAACUAAAGAUUAUCACCAUUAUGCAAUAGACUGUGACAUAACAAAUACCUAUAUGUGUGCUGUAAAUAGUUUUGUAGAUCUAGGAUUUACAGAUACUGUGUUGUGCAUUCUCUAUCAUAACAAUGUCUUACUUCUAUCAUCUAUAUGCGACAAAGGUUAAGUGACAAAAUACGUAUGUUUCAUAAGAGAUGAGCAAACCUUAAUGCAAAAGCUAGCAGAACUCGAGGCAGAGAAAUGCAGGCUUGAAGGACAUUUAUGAUUCCCUCUCUCUUCUCUGGAUGUUUGCUGUAUUUGGGUCUAGCAUCACAUAUGUUUUUGGAUCAGUUGAGUCCACACAGUAUAUAAUUCAAAGAACUUGAUUUUUGCCUUUCAAUGCAAAGUGGAUUAGUUUUUCCCGUUAUCCCAAUUUCAGUUUUAAAAUGAUUUCACUAACAUUAUUGAUUCAUAUUCAAGGCCAGAAAUAUUAUUUUCACUCUUACAUAUUGUAGCUUUUGAAAAAUUAUUUAAAUUGUCCCCUAUUUGCGAACCGUAUCAAAAAUACUCCGAUGUUGCCAUUGAUUUAUUUAACACAACAAGGUUAGAUGUUUGAAUUGGAGUCCUGAGUUAGGUUUUCUAUUUGGCAUUUUCUUCGUUUACAAGAGCAUGGCAAGUUAGCAAUAGCUUGUGCUAACUACAUAGCAGGCAAAGGUUUGAUAUUAUCUCAAGUAAACACGUAUUUUCUUUAGUGUGAACUGUAAGUAGAAAAACAACCCACUCCCAUUCACAUAGUUAUUUAGCACAAUUUUACCUUUUGACAUUCUCUUUUUAAUUUCAUUCCUCUGAAAGAGAUUUAGUGAUGGUAAAGUUUACCCGAUAACCACAGUACGGCCCCUUUUUGUCUCUUUCCUUUCAGAAACGUUUAGCUGCCCAGUUAGGAAAUAUAUUCAGGAGCAGUAUGUCGUUAACAUGAGAUACUUAAUUGUUUUAACGAGACAAGUGUUAUAUCUCGUUAAAAUGACAGUUUCUCAUUUUAAUGAGAUGUAGAAAUACAUUCCUCUUACUUAUUACGACUUCUUGAAAAGGCAUAGAGAAUCUCCCACUGACUCUCCAUCUUCUCGCUCAGUUUCUUCUAUUAGCGCUCAAACAUCCAGCAAUAUGUUGCCAUUUUACUGUUAUGGCUGUACUCAUUUAAAUGAGAAUAUGUUUAGGUUUUAAUUGAAUAUGAAUCUCAUUUUGAGUUUCCUUGCUCUGGCAGUUAAAUUAUUCUAUUUUUUUUCUUACACAGUUAUUUUUGACAGAGUUUUUUAAAUUACUAGAUUCUUGCACCAGCAUCAUAGAAUCCAAUAUUUGAUUUAUAGAAAAGGGCCUUCAGUUUUAAGUGUGCAUAAUGAUUUUAUGCUUUUUAAGUUGUUUUUUUUUUCUAAAUCUGAAUGUUGAACUUGUGGAACAAGCUAUGUGUAAGGUAAAAGGUUGUCUUACUUGAGAAACUUGCUGUUAUGAACUAAGUAUUUGACAGGACCUACAAUAAGUAUGCAGCAUAAUUUUACCA